AUGACCGCGGCUGGAAUCCAUCGCACCCUAGUAAUUAUUGCUUUUUACGUCAAGAUCAACAAGGCCGUAGAGGCUAACUGGACCAAAGAGACCAGCCCUGCUCAGGUCACCAUCAAGCAGCUUGGCGACGUUCUUGGGCUUUAUGUGUCAUGCGAGCCCGACUGGAAAACCAUCGUGUCAAGACUUAACAACUUUUUUAUAGACAAGUCUGAGCUUGUCAUCACGGUGACACGAUUUAUCACGAUCUGGGCCCACAAUGCUGCUGUGAUUGCCACAGACCGAAAUCACAGAUGUUGGGCAGAAACUUGCAAGGAAAAGAUUCUUGACAACAACAGUGAGCUUGUAUUGGAUGUUAAGGUCGGCGAAGGGGCGCAGCCGUACACGAGAUGGGAGGAUGAUCACUUUGUGCUCUACUUGCCAAAAAUGAAACCCCAUCCCCCGAAAGGAUACUCAGGCGCGAUUAAGGAGGGUAUUGUUGAGGUGUUCGAAAGAUAA